AUGAUUUCUAAAACCAGCAUAUACAUAUAUAUUAUAUUAGUGACAAGAUGCCUAAUUUAUGGAUUCACUAAACUUUCAAGUUCAACAUACCAUAUUAUCCACAAUGAUCAUCCAAUUCAAGAAGUGUUUGGAUUUCUUCGAGAGAACGUGCCACGCUAUCGAAGUCCCCCUCCGCCACCAAUACUACUUUCAAAUAGAAUACAAGGCACAACGUCCUCUGCACCCGCGAACCCAUUUGCUCAGUUCAAUCCCUCUUAUGGCGCGCAUUUUCCUACCGGAGGCGUAGCAAUAUGUGCUAUGGCUCCUCCUACUUGCGAAAAUUCGGUAUAUAGAACCAUGGAUGGAUCUUGUAAUCAUCUGGAUAACCCCGCAUUGGGAGUUGCGAAUUCAAGGUACGGACGCCUUUUAGCACCGAAAUACGGAGAUGGGAUUUCAUCACCAACGCGCACAUUAAUUGGAGAAGAUCUGCCAAAUGCUAGACUUAUUUCACUUGUUGUUUUCGGUGAGAUGGACGUUCCAGAUCCGCAAUUUACUUUAAUCAAUAUGCAAUGGGGUCAGAUAAUGACACAUGAUAUGAGUAUGCAGGCAGGAGGAACGCAAGCCAGAAAACAUCCAACUCGAUGCUGUACUGACGAUGGUCGUUUAAUAGCAUCGAAUGAAGCUCCCACAACAUGCUAUCCUAUAAUUGUGCCACCCAAUGAUCCCGCAUACUCUCAAGUAGGAACUGAGUGUCUGGACUUCGUGCGAACACUAACAGAUCGUGACAUUAAAUGCCUAUAUGAAGAAGGCCCAGCAGAACAGUUGACUGCUGUGACAUCAUAUGCUGAUCUCUCAUUAGUUUAUGGAAAUUCUAUACAACAAAAUAGUGAGAUACGGGCUUUUCAAGGCGGUCGCAUGUCGGUUGAUCAAAGGAAUGGUGCAGAAUACUUACCCCCUUCUCGAAAUGCUUCUAGCGAUUGUGAUGCUGCUCCACCUGGGGAGGUCUGUUAUCAAGCUGGUGAUAUUCGUGUAAAUCAAAAUCCUGGUUUGGCCAUUUUACAUACUAUUUUACUCAGAGAACACAAUCGCAUUGCCAAAGUACUGGCUAAACUAAAUCCUCAUUACAAUGAUCGCACACUAUUCCAAGAGGCACGCAAAAUAAAUAUUGCCCAAUACCAACAUAUUAGUUACUACGAGUGGUUGCCCAUAUUCCUUGGAUCCGAAAAUAUGUUAAAAAACAGAUUAAUUUACAAAACCUCAUCCAAAAAUUUCAUUAACGAUUUUGAUAGCGCAAUUGAUCCAUCAGUCUUGAAUGAACAUGCGACUGCAGCUUUUAGAUAUUUCCAUUCACAAAUAGAAGGUCGUCUUGAUUUGGUUUCUGAAUUGCGAUCAGUUUUGGGAUCACUACGCUUAAGCGAUUGGAUGAACCGGCCAUCCAUAAUUGAGGUCGGCGACAAUUUCGACUCAUUAACCCGAGGUCAUUCAACACAACCCGAGGAGCUUACCGACAUCAAUUUCGACAGAGAGAUAAAGCACUUCUUAUUGAGACGCAACAUGCCUUUCGGAAGUGAUCUGAGAGCAAUUGAUAUCCAGCGAAAUCGGGACCAUGGAUUGGCGUCUUACAACGAUUUAAGAGAAUUUUGUGGAGUAAAGAGAGCAAAUAGAUGGGAAGAUUACAGCGAUCUUAUUGAACUCGAUGUUAUUGAAAAAAUGAAAACCUUGUACGCAAGCCACGAGGAUGUAGAUCUGACGGUGGGAGGAGCUGUGGAGGCUCAUGUGGCUGGCGCACUUGCUGGUCCUACAUUCCUCUGUAUUCUUACAGAACAAUUCUAUCGUACACGUGUUGGUGAUCGUUUCUGGUACGAAAAUGGUGACUCAUUAACUGGUUUUACUAAAGAACAACUAUCUGAAAUUCGCAAAGCCAGCAUAGCCCGUUUACUAUGCGAUAAUGGAAAUCAAAUCGCAUCAAUGCAGUCACAAGCUUUCAUACUCGUUUCUAAAUCAAACCCCGUUGUGCCAUGCGCAGAUAUUCCUCAAGUAGAUUUGACAAAGUGGAUUGAUCAGAACCCAUUUGUGCCCACAAGUGAUACUUUAAACGCAAUUCCAUAUCACUAUGGUAAAUGAUGAAAAAAAUGUAUCAAGCCAAGUAAUAGAAAGCAGAAAAUGUACAAAAUAUAAACCUACAAAAUUUCUUUGUCUCCAAGGUCAUUAAUG